GCACAUCAUAUCAAAAAAUGAAGAUGACAAACAGCUUUUUGUUGGUUUCAUUGGUGUUGAUUUGGUCAUCAGUAAUGGCGGACUUACAGGGAACCGUUAACAUGGUUUACACCGAGAAGCCCAAUGGCGAAAACCAAGACUCCUAUAACCUCCAUACCCUUUCUGCCGUCCUCGGCAGCGAGGAGAAGGCGAAGGAUGCGCUAAUUUACAACUAUGAAAGUGUUGGUGGAUUCUCUGCCAAACUUACUCCCGAAGAGACCGCCCAAAUCAAAAAGCAACCCGGUGUUCUUGAGGUUGUCCCAAGUAAGUCAGCCCAGCUGCAAGCAGGAACUCAUAAUCUGAGAGUGUGAAAAACUUUAAAUUCUCAAUGUUUAAAUGACUAUAUCUAUAUGUUCACAGCACUUUGUAUUCCAAGUUAAUGUACACUCAAAACCAC